AUGAAAGGGUUAUCGGGCAGCCGCAGCCACCACCACGGCAUCACCUGUGAUUCGGCCUGUGACUCGCUGUCACACCACUCCUCGGACCGCAAGCCCUACCUGCUGAGCCCGGUGGAGCACCACCCCGCGGACCACCCUUACUACACCCAGCGGAACUCCUUCCAGGCCGAGUGCGUGGGCCCCUUCAGCGACCCGCUGGCCAGCAGCACCUUCCCACGCAGGCACUACACGUCACAGCAGGAGCUGAAGGACGAGUGCGCCCUGGUGCCCCGCACCCUGGCCACCAAGGCCAACCGCAUUCCCGCCAACCUCCUGGACCAGUUUGAGAGGCAGCUGCCGCUCAACCGCGAUGGCUACCACACGCUGCAGUACAAGCGCACCGCCGUGGAGCACCGCAGCGACAGCCCCGGCCGCAUCCGCCACCUGGUCCACUCGGUCCAGAAGCUCUUCACCAAGUCUCACUCCCUGGAGGGGCCGUCCAAGGGCAGCGUGAACGGGGGCAAAGCCAGCCCCGAUGAGACGCAGACGGUGCGGUACGGCAAGCGCAGUAAGAGCAAGGAGCGGCGCGCUGACCCCAAGGCCCGCCCCAACACCUCCCCCGGCUGGUGGAGUUCCGAUGACAACCUGGACGGCGACAUGUGCAUCUACCACGCGCCCUCGGGCGUGAUGACCAUGGGCAGGUGCCCCGACCGCUCGGCCUCGCAGUACUUCAUGGAGGCCUACAACACCAUCAGCGAGCAGGCGGUCAAGGCCUCCCGGAGUAACAACGACGUCAAGUGCUCCACCUGUGCCAACCUGCCUGUCAACCUGGACGCGCCGCUCCUGAAGAAGAGCGCGUGGUCCUCCACUCUGACAGUCAGCCGUGCCAGGGAGGUUUACCAGAAAGCCUCGGUUAACAUGGACCAGGCCAUGGUGAAGUCAGAGUCAUGUCAACAAGAACGUUCCUGCCAGUACCUUCAGGUUCCUCAGGAUGACUGGACAGGGUACACCCCUCGAGGUAAAGACGACGAAAUUCCGUGCCGAAGAAUGCGGAGUGGCAGCUACAUCAAGGCCAUGGGAGAUGAAGACAGUGGUGACUCCGACACGAGUCCCAAGCCUUCUCCCAAAGUGGCUGCCCGAAGAGAAAGCUAUCUCAAGGCUACUCAGCCAUCCCUUACAGAACUCACCACACUCAAGAUUUCCAAUGAACACUCCCCCAAACUCCAGAUCCGGAGUCACAGUUACCUGAGGGCAGUAAGUGAAGUCUCCAUCAACCGAAGCCUGGACAGUCUUGACCCUGCCGGCUUGCUCACAUCACCAAAGUUCCGCUCUAGGAAUGAGAGCUACAUGCGAGCCAUGAGCACCAUCAGCCAGGUGAGCGAGAUGGAAGUGAACGGGCAGUUUGAGUCCGUGUGUGAAUCGGUGUUCAGCGAGCUGGAGUCGCAGGCGGUGGAGGCGCUGGACCUGCCCAUGCCCGGCUGCUUCCGCAUGCGGAGCCACAGCUACGUGCGGGCCAUUGAGAAGGGCUGCUCCCAGGACGAUGAGUGUGUGUCCCUGAGGUCCUCCUCCCCACCGCGCACCACCACCACCGUGAGGACCAUUCAGAGCAGCACCGGUGUCAUAAAACUGAGUUCUGCAGUUGAAGUGUCAUCUUGCAUUACAACAUAUAAGAAGACACCACCUCCAGUCCCACCCAGAACUACCACGAAACCUUUCAUUUCUAUCACAGCCCAGAGUAGCACAGAGUCUGCCCAGGAUGCCUACAUGGAUGGACAGGGCCAGCGAGGAGAUAUUAUCAGCCAGUCUGGACUGAGCAACUCCACGGAGAGCCUGGACAGUAUGAAGGCUCUGACAGCCGCCAUUGAAGCUGCAAAUGCCCAGAUCCACGGCCCUGCGAGUCAACACAUGAGCAACAACCCUGCCGCUGUCACUACAGAGGACAGGAAGAAGGAUCACUUUAAGAAAAACCGAUGUCUCUCUAUUGGGAUACAGGUGGAUGAUGCUGAAGAGCCUGACAAAACAGGGGAAAAUAAAGCACCCAGUAAGUUCCAGUCCGUAGGAGUGCAAGUAGAAGAAGAGAAGUGCUUCCGCAGGUUCACUAGAUCCAACAGUGUGACGACAGCAGUACAGGCCGACCUGGACUUCCACGAUAAUCUGGAAAACUCUCUGGAGUCUAUAGAGGACAAUUCGUGCCCUGGCCCAAUGGCCAGACAGUUCUCCCGGGACGCCAGCACCUCCACGGUCAGCAUUCAGGGCUCGGGAAACCACUACCACGCCUGCGCCGCCGACGACGACUUUGAUGCGGAUUUUGACCCUUCGAUUCUGCCUCCCCCGGAUCCCUGGAUUGACUCGAUCACUGAAGACCCCCUGGAGGCCGUCCAAAGGUCAGUGUGCCACCGGGACGGCCACUGGUUUCUGAAGCUUCUCCAGGCAGAGCGGGACCGCAUGGAAGGGUGGUGCCAGCAGAUGGAGAGAGAAGAGCGGGAAAACAACCUGCCGGAAGACAUUCUAGGGAAAAUCCGAACCGCAGUGGGCAGUGCCCAACUUCUCAUGGCCCAGAAAUUCUACCAGUUCAGAGAACUGUGUGAAGAAAACCUGAAUCCCAAUGCUCAUCCAAGGCCCACCUCCCAGGAUUUGGCGGGGUUCUGGGACAUGCUGCAGUUGUCCAUAGAAAAUAUUAGUAUGAAAUUUGAUGAACUUCAUCAGUUAAAGGCCAAUAAUUGGAAACAGAUGGAUCCUCUUGACAAGAAGGAGAGAAGGGCCCCUCCUCCAGUGCCAAAGAAGCCGGCGAAGGGCCCCGCGCCGCUGAUCCGGGAGCGCUCGCUGGAGAGCUCGCAGCGCCAGGAGGCCCGCAAGCGCCUGAUGGCCGCCAAGCGCGCCGCGUCCGUCCGCCAGAACUCGGCCACCGAGAGCGCCGAGAGCAUCGAGAUCUACAUCCCCGAGGCGCAGACACGGCUCUGA